GCCCUGGCGAAGACCGGUAAGUGCUUGAUAUCACUCUCCAAUGAUUCCUCGUCUAUCGUCUACUUUGUUUUUGGGUGCCUGACCUUGCAUGUGGUUUUCUCUAGAUGGCGCGGAGGUCGACAACCGUCGCAGAGACAAUCCGGCCCCAGGGGAAUGGGCGCUGGAUCACGCGGUGGUCAGAAUGCGAAUGUGGGAAAUGCCUGGGCAGAUUCGCGUGAGCAGGGUCUUGCAGGACCAGCCCUUGAGCAUGUACCCGUUCGUGGCUUCAACUCUGCAGAGGCAAAGAGAGCUCUCAGGAAAGGUACAGCAGAUGCGAAAACACCCAUCUACAAACCCACAGGAAAAGAUGCGAAUAACAACAAGGCCGGCGGUCCUUGGGGGUCGAAGCCCAACACAAUGGCCAACGGAAAGGACUUCUUUCUCGAACUCCGCAAACAAAUAACCACCCUUCGACAAGGCGGAAACGUCGCAGGAGGUUGAUUACGAUUAUGACUUUCUUUUUUUGUGCGAACAAACGUACUCAAACAACCGAUACUAGUGAUUUUUGCUCUCUCCUGAGACAAGGCGAGAGGAGGGGUUCAAUGGCAGCUCCAUUACCCUAAAUAUGUCCUUCAUUCGUAUCGAAUGACGGCCUUGAGAGGGGUUUCAUAUCUGCAGUUAACUGGUGUAGUUAAUUCCACCAGACUGGAGACGCUUGAGGCCCAGUGCGGAGUCCGCUGAUGGGGGUUAGGGUUAGUUGGCCCUGGUUUA